AUGGCCCCAAAACCCUUACAAGGCCCUGCGAGUAACGCACCCAAACGCAAGUUCGACGACGACACCAACAAGCACACGCCCCAGCCCGUCUCCGACACUACCCCUCAGCAACCUCCAACCGGCUCCGAGAACCAAACCCCUGGCCUGGGCCUACAGACCCCAAGCGAGACCACCGCAGAGCAACCAUCGCCUGCGGGUGCAAUGGGCGUCCAAUGGGCCGGACAACAACAGAACCAGAACCAGAACCUUACACCCGCUGAGCGAGUCCGUGAGCAUGGACCGGGCACCAGCACGUUCACCCGCCAGGAUCUCCGGCAGCAGCAGGAGCAGCUGAACCGGCAGUUGGCUCUCAACACGCAGAUCCCCAACGUCACCCAUGAGGCCGGGCAUGGCUCGUCUUCGGACUCCUCGUCGACGGGCACGGUCGUGCUGGCUUCAAUGACCGACGCCGAGCGCGCACAGCUAGCUCGGGAACGGCCCCGGCCGCACCCCCAGACUACUGUGACGAGGCGGUCGUCGCUGCAGGGUGAGGUGAGAAGAGCGGGAAGGGAGAGGUCGGUCAGUUUUGGGGGGACGAGGGUGAAGCGGAUUGGGUCAAUUGGGCAGGAGAGGGCGCCGGUGGAUGAUAGUGAGAGCUCUGGGGAGAGGUCGCCUGGGGAGGUGGAUGAUGAGGUCGGGACGGAUGAUGGACGGGAACCUGGAAUACUGGAACGGCUGAUGACCUGGACUUUCAUGCUGGUUAUGGCUCCCAGGCAAACACUCUCUGCGGCCGCAGCGGAGGUGCUGAUGAUUGUGCUUACCGUGGCCAUUCGGAUCAACAGCGUGAACUCGCGAGACAUAGACGCUUGGAUUCCCACCAUUCAAGGCUUCUUGGGAGCCUUGCUGGUCCUCAAUUUCUACCUGCUGUCGUUCCUCGGAAUGAUCGCCAUGGCUUGGAUCCUACAAGAGCUCCCCGUUCAUAUCGCAAGAUUUGAGGCGAGAGCUGUUGCGCUCUUUCGAUUCGUCGCGGCGGUUGUGUUGCUCCCAUUUGUUCUUGCACACACGGUUCUGGGGAUUCAUUGGAACAUCGCCCUCCUGGCUGUGCGCAUCUUCCGUCGGAUUGGGGGAGACCGGGAACCGGAACGACCCCAACCCAACGGCCACCCUAUCCCUCUGAAUCAUCGCAGGCAUCGCCAUCCACCGCUCUUGGGUUCACCGGCCAACCAGCCGUACCUCGAUGCUCAUGCGGCCAACCCAGCCCCCGAUGUGGAUGACGGUAACGAGUCUGAUCCGGACCUACCCAAUCCAGAGGAUGACACGAGGUUCCAAAGUCUGCUUCGGAGGGCUUUUCCGUGGGCACACAGGGCCUGGCUGUCUGGGCUCGAUCACCUGACAAUGCUGCAAGCUAAUUCGCGACCUGCUCCGGCUGCAAGCAGACCACGCAGCGAAGCAGACGCCGUGAGGGACGCAGCGCAUGCCCGUAUGAUGCGAGCCCGGGCCGCGUGGCAGGAUGAGAUGGCCUCUGGAGCAUUGCCGUCCGAUACUCCAGUGGACGAUCAGGACCAAGUCACUACGGAAGACGAUGGACGCCGUGGACGCACGGAGAGCACUCUAUCAUUCUCUCAAGCGGACGAGGAACAAGAUGGAGAGGAGGCCGAGAAGUAUGAAGACGACGAGCCAUUGCUGAAGGUGCAUCGAGAUCGUUCGCCUCCUCAGCCACCGCCGCCGUCGGGUGGUGGUGGGAUCUGCUACUCGCUGGACUUUGGGUCUUUGGACUUGAGGCUUGCGUCGCUGCCGGCACGUCCGGGGACGGCACAUGGUGAGGAUGAAGAUGGCAUCUCGCCCGGGACGAGGGGGAAGAGUGAGCGGCCACCGGGAAUUCCAAACCGUGGCCUUUCUGAUGACGAGGCAGGUCCUUCUGCUGUGUCCAGCUCAGGUGCACUUGGGCGCGGACUCACUACACCGCACGGCACCAGUGCGGACGAUGUGUCUACUCAGGCGCUGUAUUCUCACCCGGUGAGCCCCGGUCCGGUGACGAGGAACGAAGACAAGCCUCCAGGCUCUCAGUCCUCCUCCAACACCGCUUCCGUCAACGGCGAGAGCGCCAGCAAUAGCCCGGACGAAGAGGGUGGCUGCCUGCCUUGCACCCUCUCUCCGCUGAAACUCCCGUACCGACUUCCAUACCAACGUCGUCCAUCGAACACCGGUCCAGAACAAGCCCUGCAGCGAUACAAAUCGGUGCAGCCCAAGAGAACACCUGGAAGCCAGCAUCCCGCAAACCAUGCGCCGUCUUCCCAAGAAACGUCGUCCACCUGGUCAGCGAAGCGCUUCUUCACAGCUUUACGCAGCUCUCUAGACGACUUCUCCGAGUGCAUGCCUUGUGCGCCAUCGCCCGUCGUUCGGCGGGAGGAAGCUGAGCCUGAGCGGGAGGAGGCUGCUGAGCCCGAGAGGCCUCGUCUUGUACCACCGACUGCCCAGCUUCGAGAGAAUCCCGGUACUGGCAGAGUGAGAUUCCAACCUCAGCCGCUGCUUCCGCCGCUGGAGCUACCCAGUGUGGGGGGCGGGAACGACGUUCUCGUUCUCGACUCUGCGAUGCCGUGGAAGGGCAAGGGAAGGGAGGUCGAUUUGCCUGCUGCUCAGCGGAUGAAGUCGACGUUUGGGUCUGGACUGGAUAUCGACCGGGAGUACCCUUUCUCCGACUUCGACGGCGAGUGGCAGCGACCUCGCCCUGCGCCACCCGCUGCUCGGCGAAGAAUGCCUCUACCCGGUACCCGAUCCAAUAUCGACUGCGAGUACACUUCUCCUUCAGAGGCUGAAGCUGGCCAAACUCCUCGCACCGCAGCAUCGCAAGCAACGCCAUCGACCGACAAAGGCAAUCUCCCCCUCAAGGAGAACCUGAGCCCCCAGAGCUCGACCACUGUGCCAGCAAGGAGGUCAGAGAGAGACGGCACGUUCGCGAAGGAUACGCUUGCGCGCUUUGGUAUUUUUGCGGCUGGGGUGCCUGAGGAGCCGAAUCCGCUGCGUUUUCUCCAAAAGGGGCCGGUGAUCUCGCUGCAGCGGAUUUUGGGGGAGGCGGUUAGAUCUUGUGAUGGGUUUCCUGGGGUGACCACCUUCAGUGUUGCUGAGUCAGCUCAUGGUGCUGCUGAGUCGGAUGUUCUUGACCGAGCGGACUUCGUUCAGGAUCCAGCCUCCAGCAGGUCGGUCGCUGAUGACAUCACUGAAGCCUCGCCCAGCGAUGUCGUACAGAGACAAAAGAAUGCUACAGCACUGCCUGAGCUCGGAAGCGAAGCUGGCGACCUGGACGAGCAGCUUGACGAUCAAGUUUGGAGUGCCUUCGCACUCGGAGGAGUCAGAGGCAGGAGCGCCAGCGUCAAUCAAUUCCAAGCUCUGGCUAACAGCGAUGUUAUGCCGGACGAGGGAAAGGAGUUGAGCGACGUGGAAGAGACCCCAAGGAAACGCUGGCUGCGCAAAGGUCAAGGAAAGAAGGCACGUCGUCCUGACCCGCAGAAUUACACCCAGGCCGAUGAUCUAUCUUGGGCACCGAUCGACGGCACACGAGAGCCUGCGGAUCUUGAUGCAAUCAGAGUCCAGGAAAUGGUCGUUGGUCAAAACGGACGUUCUCUGCCGGCAAACGAGAACCAGCUACCACAAGCACAUGGUCCACAGGCUCGCAGCGAGAUGCCUACGUUCCAGGAAUACGCUGCCGCGAGACAAGAUUCGACGCAGCAGCCUGCGUCCCAGCUGGUCGUUGAGAAAGCGACGCCAACCAAAGACCAAAAGGUUGGUCGCAAGACGCUGAUCCUCAAGCUGCAGCUCUUCGAGCUGCAAGAACCGCCACCGGAGCGCAGACAGUUUGCGUCUUACGCCCUGGCAGCAACCGAAGCCUGGGUUCCUACGCAGAAAGACGGAUUUGACCGCGCGAGCGCCCAGCCGGACAACGAAUCGGUAUCCACCUCCGCGAGCCAGCGCGAUAGAAUUCGACCAACCCGGAAUCACGGGGGCUAG